AUGCCGAAGUCGUUCCUGGUGAAACAGCGCAGCUCAAGAUCCCAGAACUGGGGGGAGCUCUCUGACCAGCUCCGAGGAGACCUGUACAUCCCAGAAGCCGGCACAACCCAGAGCCUCACGGAGCCCGGGACUCUUGGAGACGGCAGCAUGAGCCUGUGGGGAAGGAUGCCGAGAGGGGGGCCCCACGGCUACACCCCGUUUCACGUUCCACCAAGGGCCGUGGGGAAAUCUCCUCGGAGCAGCAAGGGCCGGGGUCCGGCCACGGAGGCGGACUUCCAGUGCGGCGUGUGCAGCAAGCGCUUCCCGCUGCAGCGCAUGCUGAGCCGGCACCUCAAAUGCCACAGCGCCGUCAAGAAGCACACCUGUUCGUACUGCAGCAAGGGCUUCAACGACACCUUCGACCUCAAGCGGCACCUGAGGACGCACACAGGCAUCCGCCCGUACAGCUGCUCCGCCUGCAGCAAGGCCUUCACCCAGCGCUGCUCCCUGGAGUCCCACCUCAGGAAAAUCCACGGCGUCCAGCAGCGCUACGCCUACCGUGAGCGCCGCUCCAAGCUCUUCGUGUGCGAGGACUGCGGCUUCACCUGCAGCGGCAGUGACGAGUUUCACGCCCACGUGCGCCGGCUGCACCCCACAGAUGGCCUCCUGGGGAAGGGGCUCCCGCGGCCAGGGCCGGCUGCUGACCUGCGCGCCAGGUUCCACCUUCUCUACCCCGCUGCGUUUUGA